CUAGAGCUGCAGUUAAACAAAGGGCCCAGCACUGAGUUAGUGCAAGGGCCCAUCUUGGGUCGAAGCAGCGUGAAGCCCCCGAUAGAGCCUGGUGUGACUGUCCCAAAACAGCGGCUGGGUGAUCUUCACUAAGAGGCUGAGUCCCCUCAGCCUCCGGCACAGUAAUUAUGCCACAAACAGAUAAGCAAGUAUGCAUCCCUCCGGAGCUUCCAGAUUUGCUGAAGCAGUUUACAAAAGCUGCUAUUCGGACUCAGCCUCCAGAUCUGAUCCAAUGGGCUUCCGAAUAUUUUAGUGCUAUGGCCCGUGGAGAGGUUCCUCCAGUAAGAGAGCGACCAGAAAGAGUCCCUUUAUCAAACUGGGCAGAGCUUACUCCAGAGCUCUUAAAGGUCUUACACCAGAGAGUUGGUGGAAGACUGAUAGUCCAUGUAGAUGAAUUAGCUCAGAUGUGGAAGGUGCUGAAUCUUCCAACAGAUUUGUUUGAGAGUGUUAUGAAUGUUGGGCGUUUCACAGAAGAAAUUGAAUGGCUCAAGUUUUUAGCUCUGGCCUGUAGCUCUCUUGGAGUUACUAUUGCAAAAACUCUGAAGAUAAUAUGUGAGGUUUUAUCCAACGAGGGUGACACUGGACCGUGUGCACGUAUCCCCUUCAGUACUUUCCAGUUUCUCUACACUUACAUUGCUGAAGUAGAUGGGGAGAUUUCAGCAUCUCAUGUCAGCCGAAUGCUGAAUUACAUUGAACAGGAGAUCAUUGGGCCAGAUGGCUUGAUCAAGGUCACUGACUUUACUCAAAACCCUCGAGUCAGGUUGGAGUAAGAUCUCGAUACAUCAUGCACUUAGUAGGAAGACAUCGAAACAGAGGACCGAAUAGGAGUUACAAAUAGGCCAGCCUCUCAGUCUCUUUUUUCGCUUUAUGUCCAUUAAUAAACUGUUUGGCAAAGCAACCAAUAAGAAAGAUGGAAACAUAGAUUGAGAAGGUGCUACUGGAAUAGAGCACAGUCUGCUGUUAACUAUAUCUGGUGCUAUGAUAAACACACGUCCACCCAAAUAAAUAUCAUAGACUACCAAGUAGUAUAUAAACCUAUUAUAUUAAAUAUAUUUAAGGUC